ACGAUGUGAGCGGAAAAGGAGACUAAUAAAGUUUAUUCUGGAAACAAAAGGAAAAAAAAAAACAGGGGUGACAGAGAAAGGAGACGGGGGCGGGGGCGUGUGGCGGGGGCUAGCGAGCAGAGAGAACGAGAAGGAGAAAGCGGCAGUUCCGGUGCCGCCGCUGCGGCCGCUGAGGUCUCGGGCUGCUGCUGCUGCUGCUGCGGCCGCUGGGGCUGGGGCCGCCGGCGAGGCAGGGCUCGGGCCCGGCCGGGCAGCUCCGGAGCGGCGAGGGAGAGGGGCCGGGAGGCGGGGGCCGUGCCGCCCGCUCUCCUCUCCCUCGGCGCCGCCGCCGCCGCCGCCGCCCACGGGGCUGGGACCCGAUGCGGCUAGAGCCGCGGAGCCUGGAGGAGCUCCGAGCAUUUCUGCUUUGGAACAGUCACACAUCUAAUUCCUUGAAGUAGUUUCUUAUGUAAAACUUGUAAAGGAUCAGAACAAUGCCUCCAAGACCAUCAUCAGGUGAACUGUGGGGCAUCCACUUGAUGCCCCCAAGAAUCCUAGUAGAAUGUUUACUACCAAAUGGAAUGAUAGUGACUUUAGAAUGCCUCCGUGAGGCUACGUUAAUAACGAUAAAGCAUGAACUAUUUAAAGAAGCAAGAAAAUACCCUCUCCAUCAACUUCUUCAAGAUGAAUCUUCUUACAUUUUCGUAAGUGUUACUCAAGAAGCAGAAAGGGAAGAAUUUUUUGAUGAAACAAGACGACUUUGUGACCUGCGGCUCUUUCAACCUUUUUUAAAAGUAAUUGAGCCAGUAGGCAACCGUGAAGAAAAGAUCCUCAAUCGAGAAAUUGGCUUUGCUAUCGGCAUGCCAGUGUGUGAAUUUGAUAUGGUUAAAGACCCAGAAGUACAGGACUUCCGAAGAAAUAUUCUGAAUGUUUGUAAAGAAGCUGUGGAUCUUAGGGAUCUUAAUUCACCUCAUAGUAGAGCAAUGUAUGUCUAUCCUCCAAAUGUAGAAUCUUCACCAGAACUGCCAAAGCACAUAUAUAAUAAAUUAGAUAAAGGGCAAAUAAUAGUGGUGAUUUGGGUAAUAGUUUCUCCAAAUAAUGACAAGCAGAAGUAUACUCUGAAAAUCAAUCAUGACUGUGUGCCAGAACAAGUAAUUGCUGAAGCAAUCAGGAAAAAAACUCGAAGUAUGUUGCUGUCAUCUGAACAACUAAAACUUUGUGUUUUAGAAUAUCAGGGCAAGUAUAUUUUAAAAGUAUGUGGAUGUGAUGAAUACUUCCUAGAAAAAUAUCCUCUGAGUCAGUAUAAGUAUAUAAGAAGCUGUAUAAUGCUUGGGAGGUUGCCCAAUUUGAUGCUGAUGGCUAAAGAAAGCCUUUACUCGCAACUACCAAUGGACUGUUUCACAAUGCCAUCUUAUUCCAGACGCAUCUCCACAGCUACACCAUAUAUGAAUGGAGAAACAUCUACAAAAUCCCUUUGGGUUAUAAAUAGUGCACUCAGAAUAAAAAUUCUUUGUGCAACCUAUGUGAAUGUAAAUAUUCGAGACAUUGACAAGAUCUAUGUUAGAACAGGUAUCUACCAUGGAGGAGAACCCUUAUGUGAUAAUGUGAACACUCAAAGAGUACCUUGUUCUAAUCCCAGGUGGAAUGAAUGGCUGAAUUACGACAUAUACAUUCCUGAUCUUCCUCGUGCCGCUCGACUUUGCCUUUCCAUUUGUUCUGUCAAAGGCCGAAAGGGUGCUAAGGAGGAACACUGUCCAUUGGCCUGGGGAAAUAUAAACUUGUUUGAUUACACAGAUACUCUAGUAUCUGGAAAAAUGGCUUUGAAUCUUUGGCCAGUACCUCAUGGAUUAGAAGAUUUGCUGAACCCUAUUGGUGUUACUGGAUCAAAUCCAAAUAAAGAAACUCCAUGCUUAGAGUUGGAGUUUGACUGGUUCAGCAGUGUGGUAAAGUUUCCAGAUAUGUCAGUGAUUGAAGAGCAUGCCAAUUGGUCUGUGUCCCGAGAAGCAGGAUUUAGUUAUUGCCAUGCAGGACUGAGUAACAGACUAGCUAGAGACAACGAAUUAAGGGAAAAUGAUAAAGAACAGCUCCGAUCAAUUUGUACCCGAGAUCCUCUAUCUGAAAUCACUGAGCAAGAGAAAGAUUUUCUGUGGAGCCACAGACACUACUGUGUAACUAUCCCUGAAAUUCUACCCAAAUUGCUUCUGUCCGUUAAAUGGAAUUCUAGAGAUGAAGUAGCUCAGAUGUACUGCUUGGUAAAAGAUUGGCCUCCAAUCAAACCUGAACAGGCUAUGGAACUUCUGGACUGCAACUACCCAGAUCCUAUGGUUCGAGGUUUUGCUGUUCGAUGCUUGGAAAAAUAUUUAACAGAUGACAAACUUUCUCAGUACCUAAUUCAGCUAGUACAGGUCCUAAAAUAUGAACAGUAUUUGGAUAACCUGCUUGUGAGAUUUUUACUCAAGAAAGCAUUGACUAAUCAAAGGAUUGGGCACUUUUUCUUUUGGCAUUUAAAAUCCGAGAUGCACAAUAAAACAGUUAGUCAGAGGUUUGGCCUGCUUUUGGAGUCCUAUUGUCGUGCAUGCGGGAUGUAUUUGAAGCACCUGAAUAGACAAGUUGAAGCAAUGGAAAAGCUCAUUAACUUAACUGACAUUCUCAAGCAAGAGAAGAAGGAUGAGACACAAAAGGUACAGAUGAAAUUUUUAGUAGAGCAAAUGCGGCGACCAGAUUUCAUGGAUGCUCUACAGGGCUUUCUGUCUCCUCUAAAUCCUGCUCAUCAACUAGGAAAUCUCAGGCUUGAAGAGUGUCGGAUUAUGUCCUCUGCAAAAAGGCCACUGUGGCUGAAUUGGGAGAACCCAGACAUCAUGUCAGAGUUACUCUUUCAGAACAAUGAGAUCAUCUUUAAAAAUGGGGAUGAUUUACGGCAAGAUAUGCUAACACUUCAAAUUAUUCGCAUUAUGGAAAAUAUCUGGCAAAAUCAAGGUCUUGAUCUUCGAACAGGUAGAAGAAAAGUUUCCAUAAGAGAAAUGGUCAAAAGGGCAGGAAGACCAGAAAUGUUACCUUAUGGUUGUCUGUCAAUUGGUGACUGUGUGGGACUUAUAGAGGUGGUGAGAAGUUCUCACACUAUUAUGCAAAUUCAGUGCAAAGGUGGCCUGAAAGGUGCACUGCAGUUCAAUAGUCACACACUACACCAGUGGCUCAAAGACAAGAACAAAGGAGAAAUAUACGAUGCAGCCAUUGAUCUGUUUACACGUUCCUGUGCUGGAUAUUGUGUCGCUACCUUCAUUUUGGGAAUUGGAGAUCGUCACAAUAGUAACAUCAUGGUUAAAGAUGACGGACAACUGUUUCAUAUAGAUUUUGGACACUUUUUGGAUCACAAGAAGAAAAAAUUUGGCUAUAAAAGAGAACGUGUACCAUUUGUUUUGACACAAGAUUUCUUAAUAGUGAUCAGUAAAGGAGCCCAAGAAUGCACAAAGACAAGAGAAUUUGAGAGGUUUCAGGAGAUGUGUUACAAAGCUUAUCUAGCUAUUCGGCAGCAUGCCAACCUCUUCAUAAAUCUUUUCUCAAUGAUGCUUGGCUCUGGAAUGCCAGAACUACAAUCUUUUGAUGAUAUUGCAUACAUUCGAAAGACCCUAGCUUUAGAUAAAACUGAGCAAGAGGCUUUGGAAUAUUUCAUGAAACAAAUGAAUGAUGCACAUCAUGGUGGCUGGACAACAAAAAUGGAUUGGAUCUUCCACACAAUUAAGCAGCAUGCUUUGAACUGAAAUGAUAACUAAGAAACUGAAAGCUCAAUAUUGGAUUCUGUACUGCACUGUUAAUAACUGUCAGCAGGCAAAGACUGAUUGCAUAGGAAUUGCACAAUCCAUGAACAGCAUUAGAAUUUACAGCAAGAACAGAAAUAAAAUACUAUAUAAUUUAAAUAAUGCAAACGCAAACAGGGUUUGAUAGCACUAAACUAGUUCAUUUCAAAAUUAAGCUUUAGAAUAAUGCGCAAUUUCAUGUUAUGCCUUAAGUCCAAAAAGGUAAACUUUGAAGAUUGUUUGUAUCUUUUUUUAAAAAACAAAACAAAACAAAAAAAAACCCCAAAAUAUAUAGAAAUGAUGGAGAAGGAAAAAGAAUGAUGUUCUUUGUCUUGCAAAUGUUCUAUGUUUUGAAAUGUAGACACACAGUCUAUUAUUGCAUUAGGUCCAAGUAAACUGGAGUUUGAUGUUAAAUUACAUUCACAUUGGAAAAAAGGAAAAUUUCUUAUUUUUUCAUUGCUGUUCAACUUAUAGGUUGAAGUGGGUUUUUUGACUCCUUGUUUAAUGAAGAAAAAUGUUUGGGGUGGAAGGGACUUUUGAGGUUUCACCAGAGACUUUCCUUUUUUAAUAAAUCAAACCUUUUGAUGA